AUUUUACUAACGUUACAGGUGUUUAUCGGUGAAAAUUCCAUCACUGAUCUGUCAACGGAAUACCCACAUGUUGGUAUGCAACACAGCAGCUUCCUUGUGAUGUAUUGUGUCUUUCUGACUAAUAUAACUGUGAGAAGAAAACGUGAGUCAGUCAUACACUACAAGUGGAUGAAGGUGUGAUCGCUGUGAGAUGAUGUGACCAGUGCCUUAUGCAUUACAUGAGUCCUGUGUGGAGGACCCAGCUCUCAGACUGGCCAUGGAGAAUAUUGUCAAGCAGGGCUACCUGAAAAAGGCCAAGCCCAUAGCAGCAGAUAGUCCACGCUCCAGCCUUUGCUCAAGUCUCCUUCAGCUUUUUGAAUCAAGUCGUUGGUACAUGUUUAUUGUGAGAAAUGGUCGACCCUACCUGGAAAUCUUUGAGAAGGAGCAGAAUGCUUUCUCAGGGCAACCCAGUACAUCAUAUGAACUAAGCUCAUGCUACAAGAUCACAUACACCCUUGGCAGGACGAGUAAGGCUUGGACCUUCUGUCUAUUUCUGGAGGAACGGGUCCUAGAAAUCACUGCAGAUUCAAGGGAACAGAUGUUGGAUUGGUGCAGAAAUUUGGAAAGGACUUUGGUGCAUUAUGGGAAAAUCAAACAAAACACAGAGCAUGUGUAUGUGGAAUACCCUGUCCGGUAUACACCGAAAAAGACAGGCCUGGAACAGGAGGCGAUGUUUGAAGCUGGUGCAUCAGUCUCUGCUUCAGCCCCAGCUCCUCACAUCUUCCAAAACCAUACCGUAAUACCAGAACCUAGCCAGGAAGAUUACCAAGAUUUUAUUGAUUUGAUCGACCAUAUUGACGAUGAUGAUGAGGAAGAAGAGGUGGAUGGUGAAGAAACUAAUUCAAAAACAGAUCUGUCUGGAGCCUUUGCUGGUCCUCAAAGCCCGGAAAUUCCAACUAAACCAAAAAAAUAUGCUCGAAGUCCCCUGCAGGGAGCUGAGGGUGGCAGCUCCGUGACUGCUGAUAAAGACAGUGACAAUGAUGUAGACACAUCUGAGGAUGAUUUCGUCACCAAGGACUUCUGGUUGUCCAAUAAACUUCCAUCUGUGCCUCAAAGAUCAGAUUCACAAAAAUUUCGUACCUCUGGGAGACCGUUUUCAGAAUUUGACAUGGAUCGGGUAAAUGCCAUGUCAAGGUCUGUACCCCCCUUACCAGCAAGAGGUACAUCACUUAUAGAAAAAGGACCGACAUUUAUAAGACCUAUAAAUUGCAAUUCUGAUCCAAAACCGCCUCCAAGAAGAAAAUGUAGUAUAAAUUUACUAGAAGGAGGACUAAAGAAAACUUCAUCAAAGUCUGUCAGUGAAGACAAUGUGUCUGUGCGAUCUCCUCUGGUAACAUCUAACGCUGAUGACAUCGAGGAUUUGGAUGACGGGUAUGAUAACGUUGUUGAACUUAGAAAGUCUAAUUCAGACAGUGCAGCAACAGACCCAUGGGUACGAAGUCUGGAAAAUAAUGAUGUGAAUAGUAGGAAAUCGACUUUGAAAGCCUACGAUGACGCCCAGCUGUUUGUUCGUUUGCCAGAUGCGAGGGUUGAGAAAAGUGAUGAUUAUUACAAUUUUAAUACACCUACUCCUGAAGACAGUUUUAACUUUAAUUGGACACAAAAGUCUGUUAAACAUUCUUCUUCUAGUGAUGAGGAGGGUGUACAUGCUACAGGAAACAAGCUGGAAUUAGAUUCUGCUGCAGCUGCGGUUAAGCAAAUGACUUUGGGUGGGAAAGAUGAAAAUUAUAAUUUAUGCGAUACAAAAGUUCAUGGGCAAAAUGUGGUCCCUGAUAAAGAAAUUGCUUCAAAUAUUUAUGACUUUGGAAAAAGUUUCUUGGUCAAAGAACCUAUUAAUGUAAGAGCCGAAAACAUCUAUGACUUUGCCCGAUCUGAGGGCACUCUUGUCCACACUCAAAUUCCCCCCUCCUCACAGCUAAGUCUUCCGCAGGGGUCUAAUAUGGUUAUCCAUCCAGCAACCUUUGCCACAAGUGGUCCGAGUGAUUUCGGUGAACUUGAUUCCUUGUAUUCCAUUCCUAAGUCUGCCAAGCCUGUGGCUGGCCUCUCAACCGAGGAGGUACUACGUCCUGGUCGACCGCCCUGGCGAGUAACUCCGGAACCUGCGCCAACUUUGUAUUCAGUUCCACAGAAACGAACUUCAAAGUCUCACAGUAAUUCAUCUAUGGCUGAUGUUGAACCUCCGAAAGCCUUGUAUUCUGUACCUCAGAAAAAAGCUUCAAAAUCUCACAGUAGUUCUUCAAUGGAAGAAUCUUGUGAAAAUUCCAAAUCUUCUACAACACCAAAGACCAAAUCUAUGGAUUCCUUUCUGGCACCCAAACCUCCAUCCUUAGAUACUUUACCGAACAAAAAACCUCCUUCACUAGAAAAGUUGUGCUGUCCAGCAGCGCCUUCUUUGGAUUCUCUUCCUUCUCAGACACAGACAUCUGUCACCUCACCUGUUCGACGUAGCCCUAUUUCUAUGCGACCAUUGCCUUCACUACCAACAGACUUUGAUUGCAGUAGUGAAAAGCAAAACUUGCUUUCAUCAACAAAAUCUGAAAGAGCAACAUCCCCAUCACACGAUGGAUUCACCUUUAAUUUUCUGCCAGAUGCGGAAACGAACUCAAAAAGCAGCACUACUUCUUCGUCAGGUUCAGGUGCAUCUAAAGAGGAGGACACUGAGCCAGUGUACGAGGAUGCAACUGGAAGGAAUUCCAACCCUCCACUGCCACCAAAGAGAAGUAUACGAAGGAAUACAAAUCGAUCUGUCAGUGUGUACAUCCCAGGCAAAACUGGUGGUACCCUAACCACAAGGCUAGACCCUGCACCAUCCAGGGCAGAAUCUCUCGAUGACCAAGCCAUUUCACGUCCUCAAGUUGGAAGACAAGUCUCCCUCACAGAGAGGCAGCAGAUCCGACAGUCUGCAGCGUCCAUUGUGGUGAUUCCUUUGAAGCAGAGCCAAGUAGAUUUAUUAAAUGAGGAGCAAAAAGAACAUGGAGUUGGACUUGACGUAAGUCCAAAGUCAGCCAAUGCAGUUGCUCUCGUUGAAAUGUACAAUGGAGUCUGGAUUGCUGGCUGGGAUGGACGGCGUUGUCCUCGUCUGGCUGAAAAGAUCCACAUAGGGGACCAGUUAUUAUCAGUAGAGGAUGUUCGGGUGACCAGCUCCUCCCACGCCUCCAAACUAUUGAAACAGACACAGUCCAAACGGGUCACGUUGGUGGUAAAACGUCUCCCCUAUGCCACCAUUCUAGCAAUCCGCAGAAACCAUGAUGGUGAGAAUCUUGGUAUCACCCGUGAAGGGGGGACAGCUGAGAUCACAUAUGUGGACCCAAAUGGAUUGGUGGCCAGGUGUGGCCUUCAAAAGCGAGCCAAAUCGGUGGAAGGAACAGGGGAAUGUAACUGGAUGCUGACUGAAAUCAACUGCCGAUCACUCAACUUCUCAUACAAAGGAGAGGAGAUUGAGCGUUUGCUGAAUGCAGUGGGCCGAGACAUUUCUAUCGUGAUACAGCCCGCGGAUUUUGUUAGACAAAUAAAGAAACAACUAAAAAAACUCAAGAACUACAAAGAUUAUUUAUGCUGAUUCUUUAAACUUUUUCUCGAGCCAUACGUUGCAGAAAACCCUGUGGGGACUAACAUGAGGAAACAUCUGAACAGUUUAAAAUAUCACAAAGGUCGUUUAGACUGUUUUCAAACUGACUCCGAGAUCGACUUUCCCAUAAGUCAUCAGAUAGCAUCUGAAGAAUUUAAACAGUUUUUGUGUUUUGCACUUCAUCUUAAAAAAUGUUUGUAGACCGACUCUCAUGAAAGACUGAACUACAAGGAGUGUUCUCAGAAAAAGUUGUCUUAAUUUUACUUGCACGGGAAACUUUAUGUUAAGUGUUAGAUGUCGCUGCUGUAGGGAGGGAGAGAAUGAUUGUAUGUGCAUGGUGUGUGCGAGGGCAUAAAUCUUAGAAACUAAUUGCACACAAGUAGCCUGCCAGUCUGAUAUAUAAAAAUAGAUUUUGUUACAUUUAAAAUGUUAGAUUUAUGAGAAGAUUUUAAUAUAUAUGUGUUUGAGUGACAAAGUAUUAACGUCUAUAUGCUGACUGGUAAAUGUUAUUAUCAAAGCCCAUCUUUUAAAUUGUUAUCAACAUAAGGGGUCAUUUACAAAAGCUGUUAACAUAAUCCAUAUUAUCAUUUUGAAUGAAGUGAAUGAAAUGAUACAAAAAGACUAUCUAGUACAUUUACAUUGAAAUUCAAAUUGAAUUAUAUAAAGAGAUUCAGGAUGACUGCCUGAUUACAAAAAACUCAAAAAUGUCUGGAUAUUUUUCAAAAAAUCAAAUAUUGAAAUGUUAUUUGACUAAAUCCUCAAGCUAGAUAGGUUUAAAUGACUGGACCCUGAUUGUAUGUGGUGGGUUUCUUUUAUACAAAGUUUUUUUGUGAAUGAAAACGCUGUAGAAGCAUCAGCUAUGUAAAGUGUUAUUUCAUUACAAGUUAUCCCAUUACACCAUUGGGUAACUUUCAUAAUUUCGCAUGAAAUUAAAAUUGGAACUAUUUUUUUUAUUGAAAAGCACAUUUCUCCGGUAAAAUACUGUCUCAAAUCACUUCCUUUGAAGAGAAAUAGAAUUUAAAACUUUUUACAUCUAUUUAAAGAUGGUGUCAACAGUUCAUGAUAUAAUAAACAGAUUCUUACACGAUUGUUUCAUUCUAAUAUAGUGUUUAAUGUGAAUAAUAAACAGAAUGUUAUAUUCUUGUACAUCAGAUAAUGUGUCUAAGGUCUAUGAUGUCACAUGCUAAACAGAAUCUUAUACUCUUCUGUCUUUAAUUUGAAGCACAUUUUGUUAGAUAACUUCUUAUGCCACUUGCACUUGCCAAAAGGCUUGUGAAUAUUCAGAUUUGUUUUAAACAUAUUUUAUAAACACUAGCGUAAAAAUCUAAAUCUAUAUAAUGUAACUUUGACAUGAUAACUGACAAUUUAAAGAUGCUUUAAGGUGAUGUGUGAUUUAAGGAGUGCUUAUUACAAAGCUUUAAUUAUAGUUCAGUUUAUAAGUCAAGUUCAAGUUCUUUAUUACUUUAAGUCGGUUGACUUAUCAGUUAUGGCAUAUGUACAGAACAAUAUGAUGCAGCAAUAUAUUUCAAUGAAUUUUGGGUAUGGACAUAUUUUUUUUCUUCUCAAAUUUAAGUGAUAAAGUAGAAAAGCGAAUAUUUAAAGAUAGAUUGUCACUUUAAAUUCUUCCAUCCUCUCCAUGAAAAAAAAGUUGUACCCCCUUCAUAGCAAAACUUCAAGUAAAUGGAAUGAAAAGUGGUCGCAUAAGACAGAUGGUCGUUUAAUACAGAAAGUCGUUUGAGCAGAUUCGACUGUAAUACAUUUGCGUUUUAAAGUGCCUUGUGCAUUUGAAAAUUGAAAUUUUAGGGGUUGAGGUACUUAGGUACUAAGGUUAUUGGAAACUGAAUGUUUUUUCUGUAAAUUCUUACCUCAAGUUGGCAGGUUUGCCUGACCAUUAUAAAACUAAACAUUCCAAUGCAACAAGAUUUUUGCUUUUUAAUUAUUUGUUUUGCUUCUUUUAUUUUUGCUUUUUUUCUCAUCUUUUUUUUUUUAAUAACUGAGCCAUCAUCACUGAAGUAGUGGGUUUCACACUACACUACAGUAUAAAAAUAUUUUGUUCACAAUUGCAUGGACAUAUUUGUUAAAAAUUAACAAGCCUCCUGGAUCAGUGAGCAUUGCAGCGAUUAUACAAUUUGUUUUAAUUCAAACUAGAGAAGUUCAUUAUGAGAAAUCAGAGAUAUGACUUAUUGUCAACAAUCUUGCUCAUAUGUCAGUUUGUAUUUUAGUCUUAGAGAAUAUUGUACAUUAAGUCAAGAAAAAAAUGCACAUUAACAAUAAACAGAUUUUUUACAUUUUUUUUUAAAGCUUAUUACCAAAAAUUCUGUCAACUUAUAUAUAAUAUAUUACACAUCACUAAGUAUCUAUAUUUGGAUUUUUAUGGUACUGUGUACAUGAACUUUGAAAAAUGUCUGAAAGCUGACUUGUAGAAGAUAGAUGUUAAUAAGAAGCUUCUGUAUAUAUAUGUUUAUAUAACGCUGACUAGGACUUGGAAUAAGUCUCAUUAAUUAUUAUACCAUUAUGUCCCUGUUUCUGGUUUAACCGUUUUAUAUUAUAUUAUUAUAUUUUAUGUACUUAUUCUUGCGAUAACAUGGUUCCCAGGAAUCCUACAAAGUACUUAUACAUGUAGCUUAUGAUAUCUAGUAAUCAUGCUUUUCAUUGAAGUUUUGCUGAUCUGCUGUAAAUGUACAUAUUUUAGUGCACUCAAAUUUUAGCGCAUUAUCAAAUUUUAACAGAUAAGUGCAUUGAUGGAACGGCACACCCACAAAAUAUGUAAUAGAGAACAACAUACAUGAACUUCAAUUGGCGCAUUGAUAAUUUAUCAUAAUAUUUAACCUUUCACCACUGUAGACCAUAAUGGACUCAUCCAGAUCAAUGUAUGGUAGAGUCU